AUGCAUUUUCAAAAGAUGAAUGGCCAUUUGGAUUCAACUCAACUCACUUAUUUGAUCUUCAUUCUAAUCUAUUCAGAACUAUGUGAUCAUCAACAUAAAUCAGCAACUCCUUAUGGUUCUUUACACGCUCCUCAUACUUUCAAUCAAUCAUCUCAACCAGAAAAAUUUGAAGAAUCUAUCCCAGUUCACAAUACUCAACAUGUUCCAAGACCCACUGAACCUUCCAGAUUUGCAGAACCAACACCUAUUCUAUCUUAUGCUAAUAUUAUUCCACGAGAAUCAAAGUUAUUACUCAUGCACAAUCCAGUCUUGACCUCUUACUACAUCACCUUCUACAAUCACCAAUACGUCAUAUUAAAAGGACCUAUUAAAAACCAACUGAACAGACAGCGUUUGCGCAACCCAAAUGGAUAUGAAAAAACAGCAGGUUCACAUGUACCAAUUGAAGACCUCCCUGAGCAAAUAAAAUUGUCGGUUGGUAGACUUGAAGCCACUGAACUAUGUAUACUAGAAUAA